CUGUAAUUGUAAGUUGUGUUUGUAGUUUUACGCUGCCUGAUACCAUGUUGAAAGGACUUCAAAUUGGAAAAGUUGACUUGUUGCUGCAAGCUGCAGAAUUCCUGGAAAACAAGGACAAACGAGAUCGAGAAACCGAGCAUGGAUAUGCCACACCUGCAUAUAGAAUUGGUCAAAACUUCAGAACUAAGGUGAAAACUGUAAGAAGAUCUCAAAACAGAACAUCGCACAACGAGCUGGAAAAAAACAGACGUGCUCACUUGCGUAACUGCCUUGAUGGGUUAAAAGCAAUUGUCCCUCUCAACCAAGAUGCAACCCGCCACACCACACUUGGUUUACUCACACAAGCCCGAGCUCUCAUAGAGAACUUAAAGCAUGAGAGGCAGGCGGUUAUUUGCGAGAAGACUCGAUUGGAAGAACACGGAGCAUUGUUACGUCAUCGACUUCAUCAGUUGGAGAUCUCCCGUCGCAGAAGAGACUCGACUGGCUCUUCCUGGUCUUCUGGAAGAUCAGAGUCAUCUAAUGAUUCUGAUAAAGAUGAAGAGAUCAUUGACGUGAUGGACUGCAGUGAAGCUUGUGAGAGUUUGCACGCUUUACAAUCAUCGGUCCGACCCAACCUGAUAACAAUAAACGUGCCGAAAGCACUGAGCCUCUCAACACGAGUGAAACAAGCCAAAAUUGCCACAUAAUCCGCCGGGCACCUCAAGAGACACUGCUGUGUUCUAUUUCGACUUUCCUCUCAGUACGGGUGUUUUUAGACAAAUUCUUAGCUUAAAUUUCGCAGCAUCUAUUUUAAUUCGACAUGCUAGAAAAAAUCUGAAAUUCGGUGCCAGUUUUUCUCGCUGGAGAGGAAAUUUUGUCAACAGUCAAACACGUCUCAAAAGGUUCUUACCGGUAGAAUCCCUACCUCUCUGGUAAUUUGGUCAAAGAAAAUUCUGACUUUUGCAUAAAUAGGCACACCUUCCAAGGUGCUGGUAUUCAUUGGAAUUCAGUUUUUAAAAACAGCGAUUUCUUUAAUUAGAUUUAAUUUUGCACCUCAAAAUGUUGUCCAGCAUUUGUGAACUACAAUGCUGGUCGAAACUUUUCAAAAAAUCCAUAUUUUUCAAAAAACAAAUCUUUUUAAAUAGUCACCACUGUGACACUAAACGCCGCGAAAUUUUAUCUAAAUUCUAUUUUUGUGCUGAUUAUUGUUAAAUUGCACGCGUCAACUGAGCAAAACGUCACACCCAAUGACCAUGAGCUUUAAAAAUUCGCAAAUUCCAAUCAAAACAAGUGUACUUUGGCCUUGAAAAAUUAUGCAAGCUUGAAACAAAAACUUCAUUCAAUUUCUUAUCAAUCCCUGUGAUAUUCAGGGCUGUGACAGCUAUGCAUUAACAUUACACGACUAAAGCUCAUAACAGAGCGGCUUUCUUGUUCCCAGCCCUCUAACUUCCAUUCAAUUUGACGUCUAAACAUGCAAAAAUGGAGUUUUUACUGUCUCGUUCGUACUGUGGCUCUAAAUUGAAACCACCAUGCAUAUAUCGCAUACAUUUGGUGUUAGCCCGCCAGCAUACCUGCCCAUUAUGCUUGCGCAAUAUAUUUGUAAAUUUUAACCUUUUCUGCAGCUUUGGAUUUACCUGUGUAAGACUUCUAUUGAUGCUAAGAUCUUUCUCUCUGUGUGUAUGUGUGCAUAUUUUGAUUAAUUUAUUUCGCGUCAAAUUUAAUGAAAUUUUUAUAUAAAAUGGAAACUGUUAUUGAGAGCACGCUCUCUAUUUUUCUGUGUGUAAAAUGUGUCUCUCACUGGAACGAGAGUGUAUUCGUAAACUUAUUUAAACUCUAUUUUUUGAUAUGUAAACCUUCACAAAUCCCUGUGUGUACAUUCUAUAUGUUUCUCUCGUACAUAGCGUGAUAUAUAUGUGCUCUGUAAAUUUUGCGAGUCAUGCAUGGGAAUCGCUAUUGGUAAAAAGGUUAAAACUGUACUCAGGUAUACAAGUUUCACUAGUGUUGUAAACAGUUUUCAUGCGAUUUUCCUUCAUUACCAGCCUGAACCCCUCCCCCCUCUCACCCAGCCCCAUAAACAUAAUCACCCUUUUCUCAUUGUCCCUUCGAAGCUUAAUAUGAAGCAUAUUUUCACACGUUAUAUCCGCAAUGGGUCCUACAAUGUUUCUCGCACUUCUGUGCUUCAUUUUUCACGGACCUUUUUUUAAAAUUCCACCUGUACCAUAGUAAUAUAUUAUAUAGCUCUAUAUUCUCUCGUUGAAAUUAACUUAUUCGCGAGUUUUGCUUUUUUCCUUUGAAAUUCCAUAACCCUAACCCCCGAUUUGAUUUCCGUUGUUUGUAAUGAUAUCUAUACUGUAUAUAGCACUACUGUACAUAUAUAUACUUUGUCUCGUUUUAUUCUGUACUGAUUGUAACAAUAUUGCCGCAUCGAAAGCAUAAAAUUUUAUUUCAGUAAUAAAACCACUUUUGCAUUGC